GCCUGAUGUGUUUCUCCCUCCUCUUCCUCCUUCCCAUCUUGGGUGGUUCAUGUAAGCAACCUCCACUCGCUCUCCAAACAUGCAUCCUUAUGAAGCACUGGGGUGUGAGGUGUGAUCGAACGCCUAGCGCUCCACAGCUCUCCAGACAAGUCUUAAAGGAGCAUCGAGGAGGAGGACGAGACUGCUGAAAACUUUUAAGAAGCCCAAAAGCUGCCGCGUAGACACACAAGUUUGCAUUCUGAAAACUGACAUGGAGUCAAAGACUGAUGUUGCAUCAGCAACGGUGACGAGCGAACUGGCUGCUAUUGAGGAUGAAGAGGUUCUCAACAAGAUGCUGGACAAUGCAUCAGAUUUUGAAGAGAGACGGAUGAUACGUGCUGCAUUGAGGGACCUGCUCAAGAAAAAGAGAGAUAAACGGGAGCAGGAGCGAGGGUCGAGGCAGCAGGACUUGAGACAGCAAGGCCUGAGCAAAGGAGAAACAACAGGCGGAGCUGUCAGCAUAGGCAGAGCGUCAAUGAAUUGGCAGCCACCAGCAAACAAGCCGUCAGGCCAGCCCGCUCUAUCAGCCUCUACUCCCUUAAACAGGACAGCAGGCGGCCAGGCCAGUCCUGCUGUAGCCCCAGUCCAGAAAUGUCCUUCUGCUGCAGCACCCAAUGCUAAAAAUGUCAAACAGAUGCUUCUGGACUGGUGCAGGGCCAAAACAGAGCCAUAUGAGGGGGUGGACAUCCAAAACUUCUCCUCAAGUUGGAAAGACGGCAUAGCCUUCUGCGCCUUGGUGCACCGGUUCUUCCCUGACUCGUUCGAGUACUCCAUCCUCAACCCCAACAAGCCCAGGGAAAACUUCCAGCUGGCUUUUAGCACUGCAGAAAGGCUGGCAGGCUGCCCCCCACUGCUGGACGCUGAUGACUUAGUCCGGAUGAAGGAGCCCGACUGGAAGUGUGUUUACACGUACAUCCAGGAAUUUUACCGCUCCCUGGUGGAGAAAGGCCUGGUCAAAACCAAAAAGCGACUGUAGACACGCAGAAGUCAGACAGCUUUCAUGAUUGGAUGUGAUUCAAAUUUUUACAACUAGAUACACAUAAGCACGAGCUGAGGCCAAAAAGAUAAUAAUAUGCACCUUUUUCAACUGAAUAUUUACAUAUUGUCUGUGAUUUUUGAGUUGCCAUGAAGGAGAAGUAUUUGAUGUGUCUGGCUGACUCAUCAUGUUAAUGUAAAUGCACAGUGCCUAAUGUAUUUUUUUCAGUUUGUGUGUUACCAGGGACUUAAGGGGUGUCCAUGUGCUCUCGGUGGACAGCUGGUGCUUAGGAUCAGUACAUUCCACUGAGAUUACACAUCUGCAUUAAUCCCAGUUUGGGAACAAAUUUUAUUUUUAUGCUGUUGAGGGCCUGAAUGUGUCAUUAUUAAAGACACAUUUAAUAAAUAUCCAUUCCAUUAUACAUGCUGUUGUUCUAACUGAUGGUUAAACUAAAAGGUGCGGUAGAUCCCAAA